AUCCGUCUUUUCGUUUUGUUUGUUUCUUCUCUUUGAGGUUCCCAGUCACCCGUCAUGGUUACGUCUGCAUCUGUUCUUCGAUACGUACGUAUUUGUUCAAACCACCUAUCCGGCGCACGAUAGCGCACGCAAUCUCAAUAUAACUUGCCUUCAAAGUUCAGUCUCUCUUGUAGACUGGGAGACGCCAGAACGUUCCACUGAUUUUGGAUUCUAGCGUUUCUGUGCUAGGGACACGGAAUCAAGGUGUUGAUUAUUACUUCCAUUAUCUCGUGAACUCGUGAAUUGCUUCUGCUUCGUGUUUGCUGGAUAGAUAAUCUGAAGCUUGACAUGUGGGCACGCCAAUGCAAGGCAUUCACGAUUUACAAACAAUUGCCUUCUAGAGAUCAUACAAACAUGGACAAUGUGGAAGUUGACUCAGCUCCUCUACAGAGCAAUACGGAUCUGGUGAAUACAAAUCCUUCGUGGACGCAUUCUUUCCCACAUGUACUUGUGGCAACAAUAUCUUCUUUCUUGUUUGGCUAUCAUCUUGGAGUAGUUAAUGAACCACUUGAAAGCAUAUCUUUGGAUCUUGGUUUCAAUGGGAAUACCUUGGCAGAAGGUCUCGUGGUGAGUACAUGUCUUGGUGGUGCUUUGAUUGGAUCAAUACUUAGUGGUUGGGUUGCAGAUGGGCUUGGACGCUGUCGGGCUUUCCAGAUAAGCGCAGUACCUAUGAUUAUUGGAGCGUUGUUAAGUGCAACAACCAAAAACCUGGCUUGUAUGCUUCUGGGAAGGAUGUUAGUUGGGACUGGAAUGGGUCUUGGCCCCACUGUUGUGUCUCUUUAUAUAACAGAGGUUUCUCCUCCUUCAAUGAGAGGCACUUAUGGAGGCUUUGUCCAGAUUGCUACGUGUCUUGGACUCAUGGGGGCUCUGUUUGUCAGCAUCCCUGUUAAGGAAAUUUCGGGGUGGUGGCGCAUUUGUUUUGGGGUAUCCAUAAUUCCUGCUGCAGUGCUUGCUCUUGCCAUGAUGUUUUGUGCAGAGAGUCCACAUUGGCUACAUAAGAGAGGCAGAAGUGUUGAAGCUGAAGCUGAAUUUGAGAGGCUGUUGGGGGCAUCACAUGUCAAGACCGCAAUGCAAGAAUUGGCCAAAUCAGAUAGAGGGGAUGACACAGAUGCUGUGAGGUUCUCAGAACUACUUCAUGGUCGCCAUUUCAGAGGUAUGUGUCUGAACACACACACAUAUAUAUUAUAUUGUCUUUUUUCUUUUCUUUUCUUUUUAUUUCAGUAUCUUUGUCUUCUUUUGGGCUUCUAUAGCUGCUGUCAUUUCUUGGCUUUUGUUUUCUUUAGGCUUUGUUAUUCACAUGUUCCUUUUGCAGUUGUUUUUAUUGGAUCAACCCUCUUUGCUUUACAACAACUAUCUGGUAUAAAUGCUGUAUUUUAUUUCUCUUCAAGUGUUUUUAAAAGUGCGGGAGUGUCGUCGGGAAUAGCAAAUCUCUUUGUGGGAGUUGCAAAUUUAUUGGGGUCAGUUAUUGCAAUGGUUUUAAUGGAUGAACUGGGAAGGAGGGUACUGCUUUUAUGGAGCUUCUUUGGCAUGGCUGUAUCUAUGGGUCUUCAAGUUGCUGCAGCAGGUUCCUAUUUUUCUGAUUCUGGAGCUCUGUACCUUGCUGUUGGUGGCAUGCUAAUGUUUGUUUUCACAUUUGCUUUAGGAGCUGGUCCAGUUCCAGGUCUCCUCCUACCAGAGAUUUUUCCAGGUCGGAUCAGGGCAAAAGCUAUGGCAGUAUGUAUGUCCGUGCACUGGGUGAUAAACUUCUUUGUGGGCUUGCUAUUCUUGCGUUUGCUGGAGCAACUAGGGCCACGGCUCUUGUACACUAUAUUUGGUACAUUUUGCUUGGUGGCAGUGGUUUUCGUGAAAAGAAAUGUCAUGGAAACAAAAGGAAAGUCACUCCAAGAGAUUGAGAUAGCUCUUCUUCCACAAGAAUAAACGUGUUGCGGAACUUCAGCGGUGGACUUAAAUAUUCUCUUUGUUAAGUUUCCGAAUCCAAGUUCCGGCUCAUGCCCUUGAAAAACAGCAACAUAUGGAAUGAGAUCAAAAUAAGGGAGUGUAGAACAAAAGACCAGCGAGGAGCUUUUGAGGUUUAGGAAUUUCAUACUUCUAAACACGACAAUUUGGGGGAAACCAGGAAUGAUGAUUGUGGUCAUACCAUCAAUUGUUGAUGACAAGAUGAAGAUGUUUGCUCAUUUUGGCAUAUGAAGAGUUGGUAGAUUUAACAAUUUGCAACUUCCCCCUAAAACCAUUCAUGUAUCGUGUAUAACUAUGUAAGUUUUACUUGUCCAUGCGAAGACCAAUUGCAUCUCUUAA